CCCCCCCCCCCCCCCCCCCGAUCUCCAUCUCAACACUGUUUUCAAUCCACGCGUCUUUCCCAGGGACACCUGGCUUGUGUUCCAAAUGGCUCCCUGUUUGUAGGGCACUACUUUUGAUGAGAGCGCUAUAGGCUUCUUGCCAAAAUAAGUGCUUUUUUUAAAUUAUUUUUUUAUCUAGAAUUAGGGUGCCAUUUUGGGAUGCACGUGGUAUUGGAACAUCCAGGGGACAGGGCGGAGGUCUGAGGUGUCGCAGUGGGAGAGGGUUCUAGGUGGUGACUGCAGGUCCUGUCACUAGUCAUCUCUUUACCUCUCGGUCCCAGACACCCACACAAGCCCUUGUCUCUCCCCUGGUACACUACCGCCCCUCUAGCCUGUCUCCUAGGGUUUGCGUCCACAAUGGCUCCCUAUUCCCUACAGAGUGCACUACCUUUGACCAGGGUCCAUAGGGCAACCGUACGCUUCUUGAGCUCGCCCAUGUGGUUCUGGUCAAAAGUAGUGCACUCUAUAGGGAGCCAUUGUGGACGCUUACUUAGUCAAUCUCUCUGGACACAGGUCUUCCACACAGCCAGCCGGAAGUUUACAGAAGAGCGCCAACACUAGCUAACCUCCGUCUCAGCAUAGUGAUAAGAGGAUUUAUGCCGGCUGUUUUAUUUUUUUUAAUGCAGGUCUUCGCAACCACACCUGCUUCUCUCUCUCUCAGUACUAUCAUCAACCACACACCUGCUUCUCUCUCUCUCAGUACUAUCAUCAACCACACACCUGCUUCUCUCUCUCUCUCAGUACUAUCAUCAACCACACACCUGCUUCUCUCUCUCUCUCUCUCUCUCAGUACUAUCAUCAACCACACACCUGCUCUCUCUCUCUCUCUCUCUCAGUACUAUCAUCAACCACACACCUGCUCUCUCUCUCUCUCUCAGUACUAUCAUCAACCACACACCUGCUCUCUCUCUCUCUCUCAGUACUAUCAUCAACCACACACCUGCUCUCUCUCUCUCUCUCAGUACUAUCAUCAACCACACACCUGCUCUCUCUCUCUCUCUCUCAGUACUAUCAUCAACCACACACCUGCUCUCUCUCUCUCUCUCUCAGUACUAUCAUCAACCACACACCUGCUCUCUCUCUCUCUCUCUCAGUACUAUCAUCAACCACACACCUGCUCUCUCUCUCUCUCUCUCUCAGUACUAUCAUCAACCACACACCUGCUCUCUCUCUCUCUCUCUCUCUCUCUCAGUACUAUCAUCAACCACACACCUGCUUCUCUCUCUCAGUACUAUCAUCAACCACACACCUGCUCUCUCUCUCUCUCUCUCUCUCUCUCAGUACUAUCAUCAACCACACACCUGCUCUCUCUCUCUCUCUCAGUACUAUCAUCAACCACACACCUGCUCUCUCUCUCUCUCAGUACUAUCAUCAACCACACACCUGCUCUCUCUCUCUCUCAGUACUAUCAUCAACCACACACCUGCUCUCUCUCUCUCUCUCUGUACUAUCAUCAACCACACACCACCUUCACUCUCUCUCUCUCUGUACUAUCAUCAACCACACACCACCUUCACUCUCUCUCUCUCUGUACUAUCAACCACACACCACCUUCACGCUCUCUCUCUCUCUGUACUAUCAACCACACACCACCUUCACGCUCUCUCUCUCUCUGUACUAUCAACCACACACCACCUUCACGCUCUCUCUCUCUCUGUACUAUCAUCAACCACACACCACCUUCACGCUCUCUCUCUCUCUCUGUACUAUCAUCAACCACACACCACCUUCACGCUCUCUCUCUCUCUCUGUACUAUCAUCAACCACACACCACCUUCGCGCUCUCUCUCUCUGUACUAUCAUCAACCACACACCACCUUCGCGCUCUCUCUCUCUGUACUAUCAUCAACCACACACCACCUUCGCGCUCUCUCUCUCUGUACUAUCAUCAACCACACACCACCUUCGCGCUCUCUCUCUCUGUACUAUCAUCAACCACACACCACCUUCACGCUCUCUCUCUCUCUCUGUACUAUCAUCAACCACACACCACCUUCGCGCUCUCUCUCUCUCUCUCUGUACUAUCAAUACCACACACCACCUUCGCGCUCUCUCUCUCUCUCUGUACUAUCAUCAACCACACACCACCUCCGCGCUCUCUCUCUCUGUACUAUCAACCACACACCACCUUCGCGCUCUCUCUCUCUGUACUAUCAACCACACACCACCUUCGCGCUCUCUCUCUCUGUACUAUCAACCACACACCACCUUCACUCUCUCUCUCUCUGUACUAUCAUCAACCACACACCACCUUCGCGCUCUCUCUCUCUGUACUAUCAUCAACCACACACCACCUUCGCGCUCUCUCUCUCUGUACUAUCAUCAACCACACACCACCUUCGCGCUCUCUCUCUCUGUACUAUCAUCAACCACACACCACCUUCGCGCUCUCUCUCUCUCUCUCUCAGUACCAUCAACCACACACCACCUUCGCGCUCUCUCUCUCUCUCUCUCUCAGUAUCAUCAACCACACACCACCUUCGCGCUCUCUCUCUCUCUCUCAGUACCAUCAACCACACACCACCUUCGCGCUCUCUCUCUCUCUCUCGGUACCAUCAACCACACACCACCUUCGCGCUCUCUCUCUCUCUCUCUCUCUCAGUACCAUCAACCACACACCACCUUCGCGCUCUCUCUCUCUCUCUCAGUACCAUCAACCACACACCACCUUCGCGCUCUCUCUCUCUCUCUCAGUACCAUCAACCACACACCACCUUCGCGCUCUCUCUCUCUCUCUCAGUACCAUCAACCACACACCACCUUCGCGCUCUCUCUCUCUCUCAGUACCAUCAACCACACACCACCGUCACUCUAUCAACAACUAUAGAUUUUUGGGCUCAUGCAUUAUUUCCAAGCUGCUGAAAUAAAUAUACAAAAAUAUAUAUUUUUCAUAUCUUUAAAAAAAGACAACUGUUUUAGUGUGUGGAAAAUAACCAGGUUCUAUUUUGUAUUCGUGUAUUUAAUAUCAGACAUUACUGUAGUGUGAUUGUGUAUAGGUAUCCCCCCCCCCUUAUCUGAUUUUACAUUUUUCUUGUGAGUUAAAUAUUGAGGACUCUUGCUGCUGAUUGGGUCUGAGAAGGAAAGAGGGCUGGCCCAGGGCUGUUGCUAUGGGGAUUUUCCCAGCAACCACUAGCCGUAGUGGAAACGGAACAAAAUGGAGGGUGGUUGGGAAGGAGCGGACGGCGCUGUCUUCUGGUUUCAACUUUAAAACAUGAGCACAGGUGCUUCAUGACAAACCGUACUAGCAUGUUGGCUGCAUCAUGUUCCUUUGGCACUGUAUUUUGAAUGAACGUUUUAAUUUAUUAAAAAAAAUAUACCAAAACGUUCUCAAAACUACUCGUUAUUUUCACAUGAUGGAUUUAAUGUGUUUCUGUUGAUUUUUAAGUACACUUGAUUUGUCACAAUGUAUUUGUUAUACUAGUCAACUGACAGUACAGACUUGUCACUAUCUUACCAGCAUUAGAAACUGGGCAUUUUGUUGAGUCGACGUUAAGUGUGUGUGUGGGUAAAACAAAGAGUUUGGUUUUAUGCUAAAUUAACAUGUUUAGUUUGAUCGAUGUUGUCAGACAACCUAUAGACCUGUUUAUGCCUGCUGUCUAAACUUGUAAUUUUUUUUCCCUUCCCAUAAUUGUGUUGACCAACACACACUGCCAUUCACCCAGGCAGGU